AUGGGAAACCGGCUCUGCUGCCGGGGAAGCGGGAGCUGCCCAUCAACUUUGCAGAAGAAAAGGAAAACAGGGAGCCAGGCAAGACGGACAUUGAAGCCACAGCAGCAACAGCUGCAGCAGAAUGGCACAAAGGGCCAUGAAAAAACAACGGAACAUACAUAUGAGCGGGUGUUAAAGCAGCAUAAGUCUCAAGAGAGGAGUCAAGGCCUGAUAUCAGAGGAAAGCAGCUUACAUUAUGCAGACAUUCAAGUGUUCAACCAUUCCCAACCACGCUUUGCCGGAGAGGUGAAACAUCAGCAUUUAGAAAAUAUUACAGAGUAUGCGACGCUUCACUUCCCCCAGGCCACACCUCACUAUGACAGCAAGAAUGGGACCCUGGUGUGA